ACGAGCGAGCGAGCGGGGGCGCGAGGCGUUUACCUGGAGGCAGCGGCUUGGGCGCGCAGAGCGGCCGCGGCUCCCCCGCACCUGCGGCCAUGGAUGAGGAGCGCGCCCUCUACAUCGUCCGGGCCGGCGAAGCGGGGGCUAUCGAGCGGGUCCUGAGGGAUUACAGCGAUAAGCAUAGGGCUACUUUCAAAUUUGAAUCAACAGAUGAAGAUAAAAGAAAGAAACUCUGUGAGGGGAUAUUUAAAAUCCUUGCAAAGGACAUCCCAACAACAUGUCAAGUGUCCUGCCUGGAAGUUCUCCGCAUUCUCUCCAGAGACAAAAAGAUUUUAGUUCCUGUAACAACCAAGGAAAAUAUGCAGAUACUGCUGCGACUAGCCAAGCUAAAUGAGUCGGAUGAUUCUUUGGAGAAGGUGUCAGAGUUCCCAGUUAUUGUGGAGUCAUUAAAAUGUCUGUGUAACAUAGUGUUCAACAGUCAGAUGGCACAGCAGCUUAGUCUGGAACUUAACCUUGCUGCAAAGCUCUGUAACCUCCUGAGAAAGUGCAAGGACCGAAAGUUUAUCAAUGACAUUAAGUGCUUUGACUUGCGCUUGCUCUUCCUCCUAUCACUUUUGCACACCGACAUCAGAUCACAAUUGCGCUAUGAGCUCCAGGGACUACCGCUGCUGACCCAGAUCUUGGAAAGUGCCUUUAGCAUCAAGUGGACCGAUGAAUAUGAAUCGGCCAUAGACCAUAAUGGACCUCCUCUCUCACCUCAGGAGACAGACUGUGCCAUUGAGGCCCUCAAAGCUCUCUUCAAUGUGACAGUAGACAGUUGGAAGGUGCAUAAAGAGAGUGAUUCUCAUCAGUUCCGUGUCAUGGCAGCUGUCCUUCGCCAUUGUUUACUAAUCGUAGGUCCAACUGAAGACAAAACAGAAGAGCUGCACAGCAAUGCAGUCAACCUUUUAAGCAAUGUUCCGGUCUCUUGUUUGGAUGUUCUCAUUUGUCCAUUAACCCACGAAGAAACGGCCCAAGAGGCAACGACACUAGAUGAACUGCCCAGUGAUAAAACGGCUGAGAAAGAAACUGUUUUGAAAAACAAUACCAUGGUAUACAAUGGUAUGAAUAUGGAAGCCAUUCAUGUUUUACUCAGUUUUAUGGAGAAGAGAAUAGACAAGGGAAGUAGCUAUAGAGAAGGUCUAACUCCAGUUCUCAGCUUACUAACAGAAUGUUCCCGAGCCCAUCGAAAUAUCAGAAAAUUUCUCAAAGAUCAGGUAUUACCACCAUUGAGGGAUGUGACAAAUCGACCUGAAGUUGGCUCAACUGUGAGAAAUAAGCUGGUGCGCCUCAUGACACAUGUUGACCUUGGAGUCAAGCAAAUUGCUGCUGAAUUCCUUUUUGUGCUUUGCAAAGAGAGAGUGGAUAGCCUGCUGAAAUACACUGGCUAUGGGAAUGCUGCAGGACUGUUGGCGGCCAGGGGCCUUUUGGCUGGAGGAAGAGGAGAUAAUUGGUACUCAGAGGACGAGGACACAGACACUGAAGAAUACAAAAAUGCAAAACCAAACAUUAAUCUUAUCACUGGUCAUUUAGAGGAACCAAUGCCAAACCCCAUAGAUGAAAUGACAGAAGAACAAAAAGAAUAUGAAGCCAUGAAACUUGUCAACAUGCUUGAUAAACUUUCCAGAGAGGAGUUGCUUAAACCAAUGGGACUGAAGCCCGAUGGGACAAUCACGCCUUUGGAGGAGGCCCUCAGCCAGUACUCUGUCAUCGAAGAGACCAGCUCGGACACAGACUGAGAACGUCAUUUGCCCAGCACUCAGUACUGCUUUUAUUAGCAUCUUUUCUCUGUAGCUCCAGGGGAGUCUUUUCUCUAAAACAUUUAUGCCCUUGCUUUGGCUAGAAACACAUUAACUGGUUUACUCGUUGAGAAUCCAGCAUAUUUAAGAGGUGAUCCUGUGUUUUUGCGAUACCGAGGCAUUCGUCCAGAGCUGCAGGUAGAUGGAGUGGCAAGGGCUAACCACAGGAAAGAGGAAUUCCGUUUCAUCAGGAUGGAACUGCAGGACUUCAUCCUGUAAAGCAGCCCCAGUUGAAUCUGGCCGUUCUGUUUGCAAAGGUUCUUAGAAGAUUGAGUCGUGGCCUUCCUCUCGCUUGUGAAAGCUGCCCCUUCUGAAUCUCUCCAGCAGACGGAGGCGCGUCGGCAGCAGAGCGAGCUGCUAAGGGCUGAGGCAAGUGACCUGUUAGAUCAGGACCGACUACAUGGAAGCCAAGCAGCUGCUCCAUAAACCUAGCCCCACUCUUCAUUUCAAUUUUGUACAAAUAUGUGGAAAUGCACACACAACAUGCACACACACAGCCCCAGACUUACAAACAGAUUACAUUCUAAAAGUUUGUAGGUCCCUUAUCGAGAACUUCAGAAUACAUUUCUCCCUAUAAAGGGUUAUAAAUGAUGGUUUAGUUCUGAGGCAGCUACAGAUGCCUAUUUAUUCCCUUAUGUACCUUAACACUAGUAGCAUAGAACUGAACCCCCAUCUGUAUCAUUGCAUGGGAGCAUGCAUUCUGAGGUCUAACUCGGGGUGCCAGGAACACACAUCCUCCAACCCAGCAGAGGGGAUGGGGUCUCCCGGCACACUGGGAGUUCUCUCGUGGCCUCCGCCAGGGAUGGAGGAAGUCAGCAGCACCCAUUUGUACAUAUAGGUCAUUCAUAUGUCACAGGUUUUAAAUUGGGGACUGUGUGUGCGCUUGUGUGUGUGUUCUACUUUCUAUCGUAUGUGAUCAGUUUAAUGGUAACUUUAUUUAUUUAAAAAAAAGAAACACAGAUAGUUACUGUUAAACUGAUUAAGGCUGUUUAUUUUUACUUUUAGAAUUGGUCAUAUGAAGAAGUAGAAUAUGAAUCCUGCAAUAGACAGUGGGCCUAGCUAAUCAGUGGCUAAAGCUGAAAGGGGUUGGUUUCCUUUUAUUAUAUAUGUAUGUAUGUAUACAUAUACAUACAUAUAUACAUAUAUACACAUAGAUAAUGUGCUUAACCACUGCCUUUUAAAACUUUAAAUUAAAUAAAACAUUGGGGUUGAUUCAAUUUAGCCAUCUGUGUGUGUUUCUUUAUAGAUACAUGGGGUAAACAAUAUUUCAGAGUUUAUGCUUUUCUAAAGUGCUUUCACAUCCAUUACCUCCCUUACCACAGUAGCCCUUUUAAGGAUAGGUAACAUACACAGAGUAUUAGUGGAAAAUGUCAUUUAUUCAGAGAUCCCUUCUCUGACAAAACAACAGUUCAAAAAUGGACUUUUUAAAGGCCUUUGAGCUGCCAAAAGAGAUCACCAGAGUCUCUUGCUCAUAGGAGAGAUCCUCAAGAAUCUCUCUUUUCACCUCUUUACUAAAAUUUGCAUGUUUCUAGCAGGUUAUCUGGCUUUCAAGCCCAUAAAAAAAAAAAAAUGGCAGAGGAGACGGCUGCUUGAUAGAAGGCAGGUCUACCAAGAGCCACUGAAGGCCAGCUGAAAACCAGAUAGGAAGGUAGGGAGGAGGAGGAGAUCUACACCAGGCAUCGCAAGUCUGGGACAGCCUGGUUCCCAGAGGACACUGGUUGGCCCAGAAGGAUCUGUACCUACAAUAUGGCCCAUUGACAAAUUCUCACAGAGAGGACCCAGAGUUUAUUUUUAAAAACCUAAGUAAAUCCAAAAUACUCCAGAAUAAAAGGCUAGAAAGAAUACAAUACACUCCCUUUAGGAUCUUCAUCCAGAUAGUUGGAAAAGUGGUAGGUGGCCCAUUUUUAACACUAAAUAAAAUGAAAUUUGGCAAUUCAUAAAUUUAGAUUAUGUGAAAAAAAGUUUAGACAAAGUAUUUUUGUUACUUCAUUCUACAAAUGAAUUUUAAAGUAUUUUUAUAAUUUCUACAGUCCAAUAGCUUUCUCGUAAGUGUCAGCUUCCCUAAAUGAAGAUCUGUUUACUGGAAUAGCAUCUUGCCAGCUUAUGCAGGCUAAGUGUUUGAACAGUCCUGGUUAAGUAGCUGUGCUCUUGUGCUUUCAAGGAGUUAGUUUCACUUUGAGUUUCCCCUGCACUGGGUACUAAGCACUAAGCUUUGUUUUUGAAGAGACCAUUUGCAGGGGGAGUGGAAGGACCUCAUUUUGCCCCUGGAAAGAGAAUGAACAUCUGCUAAGUGCUUUCUACCUGCUGGGCUUUUCAGGUCUCUUAUGACAUGUAACCUCAUCUCAUCUCUUGUUAGAGAUCUUCUCUGGCAGGCCUCAGUUUCCCAGUGUCCUAGCAAACAGGAGUCCAAGUCUGGCACCUCCCUCCCUCCCCUCACCACCCUGACCACCUGGGUCCUCACCGUGCCUCCUAGGACCCUGGAGUGCUGGAGGGCAGGCAUUCUCAGGCCAUUUUAAGCAAUAACCACGUCAGAAGAACCAGUUUAAGGAACUUUGUAAGCAGGGAGGUAACCUGGAAUUGAUCUGUGAGUGAAAGAGUUGCUCAGGGCUGGAUUUCAAACAAGGACCUGGAAUUCUUUAGGUGAGAGACCAGGACUGCAGACUUCCCCCAGACAGAUGCUUGCCGAGGUGGCCCACAGUAGGGAUGAGGAGGGUACAGUGGCCAUCCGUGCUCUGUGGUCCCUCAUGUCCACAGCCCUGCUGCUCCGGGGCAUGCGAGCAUGUACUAAAAUAAGCUACUAGAGCUGCUGCUGUAGAGUAACAACUGCCAGAUGCUUGGGGCCCCUUUCCCAUACCCAGUGGUCCUGGGAGGGGGGAGACAGGUGUUUACUUCCCUCCUUUAUAAACAGUGACACUGCCCGAGGCGGUACAAGUACAGUGUAUCCCCUUACCACAUCAGUCUCACUGCCUCCCAGUACUAGGUGUAAGGUGUCACCUGUAUGGACUUCUCCCCACCACCACCUCUCCCAUUAUGAAAGUAAUAUAUGUUCAUUAUGAAAAGUUUGGAAAAUGCAGAAAAUUAAAGUUAAUUCACCCAAAUCCCACCACCAAGAUAAUCACUGUUAAUGUUUUAGUGUAUUUCUGUCCUGUAUAUUUUCUAUGCAUAUAUAAUUUAUUUUAUUACAAGACUGGGAUCAUACUGUAUUUACAGAUUUGUAUCCUGCUUUCUUCUUUAACAU